GUCUCCUUGAACAUGUCAUUUCCGCUGACUUGCCUUCGAGUUCUUUGAUAUUUCCCGUCGCAAUCGUCGACCAAACACAAGUCGCCUAAUGUGUUUUGAGUUAUUUAUGUUUUAUUUCAGAAUUACUGAAUUUGACUGAAGUGCUUCCAAUAGUCUUAUGUAUCGGCGUGCUCACAUCCAAAGCUUCUUGGUUACCCCUGACGUAGGCUUGGCUAACUUUGCUUCUCAUUGCUAGCCUAGGCUCGGGACGCAAAGUAGUUUUGCACAUCACUGUUUGCCACAAAGUUGACUAAAUAAAUUUCUAAUAAGACAUACGUAGCGUUUACGUCUAUCACGCCAAAUCCAGUGUGACAGCUGUGUGAGCUGUUGGGAACGCAAACAUCAAUCUCCCCAGUGCUGGAGUUUUGCCCAUCGAAAAAGACAGCUGAUACUAUAUGCUGCUAAAAUGAUGGACUUUGACAACGUGCUGUCAAUCGCCACUCAAAAUCAGGGCGUCGGCAGUGUACAGAAAAGGUAUAGUUUACAAGCUGGUCCCCCUAAAAGAGACCCGAAAUCAAAAGGGGUAAAUCCUGCUGCUGUGCAGGCACUCCUGAAGAAGCGACAAAAUGAGGCCAGAAUCAAAGAAAAUGAAUUGAAGAAACAGAAGGAGGAGCUUCUGGCAAAAAGGGUUGAGCUGAAGUCUGAUCGUAAAGCAAGAGCCAUGGCUUCCAGAACGAAGGACAAUUUCAGAGGUUACAACGGCAUCCCAGUGGUGGAUGUUCCAAAGAAGAGGAGGUCAAAGCAGGAAAUUGAGAGGGAAAAAAAAGAGAGUGAAGAAAAAUUUAGAAAUUACUCAGUUAACCCAGAGGAUGAUGAAGACAAUUAUGAGUAUGAGCAGACAGAUUCUGAGCCCGAUCAAGAUCCAGAACCUCUAAGACCCGGCAAAGACUGUUUUGGUGGAAGCAGUAGUGGCUCCAGAGCUUCCCCUAAAAAACCAAGCGGUGCUCCCAAGCCUGCCGCAUCAAGCAUGAACUUUGCAGACUUGCUCAAAUUGGCUGAGAAGAAGCAGUAUGAGCCGGUCGAGCUAAAAGCAAAAGUGGUGAAGGAAGAAAAGCUCCGCACAGCCGAAGAGUUAAAGGAGCUCGAGAUGGAACGCAGAGCAAAGAGCCGCAACAAAAAUGUGAAGAUAGAGAGAGAACACAAGCCUCAGUCUAGUUCUAAUACCGUGAGAAAAAAUGUGUCUGAAAAAGAGACAAAGAAUUAUAACCCGUCAAGGAGUUUAUCAGAAAGGCCAAAUCAGUCCAAUGGGACAGUGAAAAAGUCUGUAGCAACACCUUCAAAGGUCACCAGUGGUGAGAGAGAAAGAGAAAGACCCAAGAUCCCAAUUACUUCGAAAGCCACUUCUCAGGUUCCAGCCAAAAAGGGGGUCCCUAAGCCUUCAUCUUGUCAUGCAUCUAGCAUUUCCAGUGACCUUCGAUUAAAAAAAGACAGCACCUUAUCUGUUCAAGGAAGACCUUCAGGCAUGCCUCAGUCCAAGCCUCAUGCUACAUCUGUCAGAGAACUUAAGCCUUCAAAUAGCAACCCACAAAAAAACAGACCUAGUCAGGGUAGCUCAGCAAAGCAGGAGCGUCCAGUUUUCGGAACGGGAGCACCACUGAGGUGUGCAAGCAGUCCUGCAGUAAAAUCAAGUGGUCAUUCCACGGUCAGACCUUCGUCAAGUGGCCGUCCUAAAGAAGGGAACCAACCUCAGGCAAGGCCAGGGGUAACACCGCAGCCAAAGGCUAGUGGGCGUGGCUUACAGCCUCACCUUGCUGGUAGAGGGGGCCGGCCACCGGGUUUUGGACAGGGUCGAACCUCUAGCGGAGGACCAGCCAUCAGACCAGGUCGAGCUCCUGGCGGAGGACCGCAACCCUCAGGCAGCUUUGGAUCAGGACCUGGGAGACCCAAGUGCACUGUGGUGUCUGAGACCAUCUCAUCCAAAAAUGUCAGCGGAGCCAGACCAGGUUUUCCCCCUCGGCCAGGCAUAUCACAAAGACCUGGCAUGUGCCGCAGACCAGAAGGGCCAACCAGACCUUUGAACAGACCACCAGGUACAACCCUACCACCCAUCACUAUAGCAUACAAGAGAAAAUAUGAAGAGGAAGACGAGUAUGAUUCCGAAAUGGAUGACUUUAUCGAUGAUGGAGAUGAUGAGCAGGCAGAGGUUUCCAAACACAUCAAGGAAAUCUUUGGCUAUGACCGAACCAAAUACAAAGAGGAAAGUGAUUAUGCUCUCAAAUUCAUGGAGAGCAGCUGGCGAGAUAUGCAGAAAGAAGAAGCAAAGAGUCUAAAAUUGGCUGUGCAAGAAGAUUUGGAGGAGGAGCGAAAGGAGCAAGAGGAGAUGAAAAGGAUGAAUGCCAAGAGGAAAAAAAUGAACUGAAUCACUUGAAAUUAUUGUAAUGGACAAGAAAGACUCCAGUCGCCUGGCAAUAGGACAAUGCUUUUGAUAUUACUUCAUGUAAAGCACACUGGCACACCGUUAUUUUCACUUUUCUCCUCUUGUUUUUACCAACACUGAAAGAAGUGAUCAUGACAUUGAAAUAGAAAAGGACCUUGAAGGAUACAUGAUUUUGGUUAAAGUCGAUCAAGAAAUAACUUGUAAAAGCAAAAUAUGCACAGAUGUCUGUGGUGUUAGAUACAUGUGGCAUUUCCCCCCUUAUUUCUCCCCAUUAUUUAUUUCCUUCCAUCAAAAGUUAGUCAUUUAAAAAAAAGAAGAAAUUGUUUAAAAAGUAACAUUUGAGCGUGAAAGUGUUUUUGUUGAAAGCUGGCAUACAAUGCCUGUGAUACCUCUUUUUGAAUCAUCGACCGUAUUUCACAUAAUUUGGAUUGUUAAUACACAAAACGUGUAACGUUGUUUCUUUGUAAAAGAUUUCGACACA